UAUUCAAGGAAGAAAGAAAGGUCCUUGGUGUGAAAAUGUGUGAAUUUGCAUCUAAAGAAUUAGAUGUAGAUCAUAUAUCUGUGGAUUUUGCUUCAUCAUUUUUUAAAAAUAUAUUUAACGCUAACGAAAAAUUUUUUGAAAAGGCAACACUUUGUACAUUUGCCAAAACGCAUGAAUAUAAAUGUGGAUAUGUUGAUCAAAAUGGAAUACGGUAUGAUGGUGCAUCAAAAUUAAAUGAAUUUAUACAAGUAAUUGGUUCAAUAGCAUCAAAAAAGAAGUUUAUUGGUUGUGCUAAAUGGCAUUUUAGGGAAAAAAACUAUCGUUAUUUAACAAUUCCAAAUAAUGUUGAUUUGGAAUUAUUGGAAAUUAUGUUUGACAAGCAUUUUUAUCAUCCUCGUGGUAUCGACUUUGAGAAAGAUGAAUCUGAUAUAAUAGAAGAAUGUUUUACAAUACGUCCUAAUAGUACACGAUCUGAUGAAUUUCCAUUUUUACAUAAAGUUGGAGAUUGUAUUGUUAAGAGAAUAGUGAAAAAAUCAACUGCAUGUCCAGUCAAAUUUUACUAUAUAAUCCCAAAAAACUUAAAGGAGUGUCCGUUUAUUGUGACUAUUUCUAUAGGACAGCAUAAUCACCCAUCUCCACCAUCAUGA